AUGGUUCGUGAAUUUAGAGACCAUACAGACCGUAUAACGGAUGUGUGCUUUAGCGAGGAUGGCAAGUGGCUCAUCUCAUCUAGCAUGGAUGGGACUCUUAGAAUUUGGGAUGUCAUUCUCGCAAAACAGAUUGAUGGAAUGCAUGUUGGUGUGCCAAUAACAGCAUUGUCUCUGUCACCAAAUAUGGACAUUUUGGCAACAAUCCAUUCUGAUAAGAACGGGAUCUACUUGUGGGUUAACCAAUCCAUGUUCUCUGGGGCUCCAAAUGUCAAUUCCUAUGCUAGUGGGCAAAAUGUCGUGAAUGUUAGGUUGCCUUCAGUCUCUGCAUUGACAUCUUCUGAAGCUGAUGAUGAUAUCGAAAUGGAGACACAAGUUUCAGAAGGCGAAAAGGCUAUCAGUUUCUCGAUUUCCCCUAAGCAGAUCCCGGAACUUGUUUGUUGCCAAAAAGCCAAUGGCAAAGCCCGCAAUAAACCAAUAGAGCCUCCGAAGAAACCUGAAAAGGCUCCAUUUUUCUUGCCCUCGGUUCCCUCGCUUUCCGGAGAUAUACCAUUCAAGCCAAAUGAAUCAGAAGCUGAUGAGGAGGGUCGGGAGAAGAAGAAAGACUCCAAGAACAUCAUGAAGAACUUUGGUUCACUGGAAUCUCCAUUCUCAAAACUCCUCAAGUCCUCAUGGGAUUCAAAAAACUUUUCAGAUUUCACCGACUACAUAAAGGGUUUAACCCCAUCAGCUCUCGACAUGGAGCUACGGAUGCUUGAGAUUAUAGAUGAAGAUACUGAAGAAGAGCUUAUCAAAAGACCUGAGUUUAUAUCAAUUGGACAACUUCUAGACUACUUUAUCAAGGAGAUCACUUGCAGAAACAACCUCGAGUUUAUGCAGGCAGUUGUGAGAUUAUUUCUCAAGGCGAUUGCAUGUUCUCUCCGCCCACCGUCGCCGUCGAAGAAGAAAGACAGACCCACUAUCGUCGCCGCCGCCUUUUCCCCUUCCUCCUCCGAAGUAUACUUCUCGGCGUCUCUCUCUCGCUGGUCUCUCUCUCUCUCGUCAUCUCUCCGUGAACCUCCGCCGCUUUUCUCGCUUGAGCGAAGCCACUCGCCGUCAACCGUCGCCGUUUCUUACCGCCUGAGCGAAUGGCAGCUCUCUCUCUGCUCCAAUGGAUCUACGCGCUUCUGCUCGCCUGAGCAAAGCUACUCACCGUUAACCUUUUCCGCCUCUCACUCGCCAUUCACCACCGUCUCCUCUCUCUUAUCUUUCACCAUUCUCACUUGA